AUGGUAUCUCGUACCCGAUUGCUCCGGGCGCUCCAGCAGCAGAGCCGCCCGCGCGCCGCGCUCGUCGCUACCGUACCACGAGCCUCCGUCUCUGCCGCCGCCGCUCGUUGCUUUGCGACAUCGCAUACCAGGCUCAUUGCGCCCUCGCCCGCUCACGGCGUCGCCAAGCUGACGGCGGAAACGUAUCCCGAUAUCAAGCGUGACGAAAAAUUUGCCCAAUUGACCGAGGAACAUGUCGCCUACUUUCGCGACGUGCUCGGCAGCGAGUCGGCCAUGAUCGACGGCGUGAGCAGGGACGCCGCGGACGACAUUCUCAUGUUCAACGAGGACUGGAUGCACAAAUACCGCGGGCAGGCUCGACUCGUCGUCAAGCCCAAGUCGACGGAAGAAGUCAGCAAGAUCCUCAAGUACUGCAACGACAAGCUGCUGGCGGUGGUGCCGCAGGGCGGAAACACGGGGCUCGUUGGCGGCUCCGUGCCUGUGUUUGACGAAGUCGUGAUUAGCAUGGCGCGCAUGAACGAGAUUGAAUCAUUUGACGAAGUCAGCGGCUCCUUGGUCCUCGGCGCCGGCUGCGUACUAGAGGUUGCGGACCAGUAUCUCGCGCAGCGUGGCUACAUCUUCCCAUUGGAUCUCGGCGCCAAGGGCUCCUGCCAGGUCGGCGGAAACGUCGCUACAAACGCUGGUGGCUUGCGUCUGCUUCGCUAUGGCAGUUUACACGGCAGCGUUCUCGGCAUGGAAGCCGUGCUUCCCGACGGAACCAUCAUGAACGAUCUGUGCACGCUGCGCAAGAACAACACGGGCUACGACCUGAAGCAGCUUUUCAUUGGUGCCGAAGGCACUAUUGGUAUUAUUACGAAGCUGUGCAUCCAGUGUCCCCAGCGAUCACCGGCCGUCAACGUGGCCUUCUUGGGUAUAGAGUCGUACGAAAAGGCGCAGCAGGCCUUUCGCGAGGCAAAGGGCCAGCUCUCGGAGAUUCUCUCGGCGUUUGAGCUCAUGGACGGGCUGAGCCAGGAGCUGGUGCACCGCGCCAAGGGAGAGACGAUGCCCCUCGAGGGUCAGUUUCCGUUUUACUGCCUCAUCGAGACGAGCGGAUCCAACAGCGACCACGACUACGAGAAGCUCGAAAAGUUCCUCGAGGACGUCAUGGGCAAGGAGGUGGUGGCGGACGGUGUGGUGGCGCAGGACGCGACGCAGAUCAAGUCCCUGUGGGCGUGGCGGGAGAGCAUCUCGGAAGUCAGCGCGCACUGGGGCGGCGUGUACAAGUACGAUGUGUCGAUCCCGCUGACCGACAUGUACAGCAUCGUGCCAGACGUGAACGAGCGCCUGGCUGAGGCUGGGCUGCUCGGCGAGUCUGACGAGUUCCCGGUCCUUGGCUGCGUCGGCUACGGCCACAUGGGCGACUCCAACUUGCACCUCAACGUCGUGGUCCGACGGUACGACAAGGCUGUGGAAAGAGUCCUGGAGCCGUACGUGUACGAGUGGAUCGAGAAGCGCAAGGGCAGCAUCAGUGCGGAGCACGGCCUGGGGCUGGCCAAGAAGAAUUACAUUCGGUACUCGCGAAACGACACAAUGAUUGGCUUGAUGCAGCAAAUUAAGCAAUUAUACGACCCGGUAAGCAGUCCCGUCCCCCUCCCCGUUGUCCCGUUGUCCCGUUGUUUCAUCAGCCCUACAGCCCAGUCCGCGGCCUGUUCUAAUCCACUUGGCCGUUGCCUGACGUGA